UCUAAAACCUUUAAACCAAAAAAGAAUAUUCCGGAAGGCUCCCACCAAUACGAGCUGCUGAAGCAUGCAGAGGCCACACUCGGAAGCGGUAACCUACGGAUGGCGGUCAUGCUACCCGAGGGUGAAGACUUGAACGAAUGGGUCGCAGUGAAUACUGUGGACUUUUUCAACCAGAUCAACAUGCUGUACGGGACCAUUACAGAUUUCUGCACAGAGGAGAGCUGCCCAGUGAUGUCUGCAGGUCCAAAAUACGAGUACCACUGGGCAGACGGAACGAACAUAAAGAAGCCAAUCAAGUGCUCCGCACCAAAGUACAUCGAUUACCUUAUGACCUGGGUUCAAGAUCAGCUGGAUGAUGAGACGCUAUUUCCAUCCAAAAUAGGUGUUCCUUUCCCAAAGAACUUCAUGUCAGUGGCCAAGACCAUCCUAAAGCGUCUCUUCAGAGUUUACGCUCACAUCUACCACCAGCACUUCGAUCCCGUCAUCCAGCUGCAGGAAGAGGCGCAUCUGAACACAUCUUUCAAGCACUUUAUUUUUUUUGUUCAGGAAUUUAACCUUAUAGACAGAAGAGAACUCGCUCCACUCCAAGAACUGAUUGAAAAACUCACUUCGAAGGACAGAUAAGCAGAACAUGGAUUUGUAGAAAUCACUUGUAUCUUUAAGCAGGCAUGUGGUGGGUUAGGGGUUUGGGCUGCAAUCCUCCACACAUUCCUUGAGAUCAGUGGGACUUACUCAUGAGCAAGAGUGUGGAGAAUUGUAAUCUUAAUGUGUUUUUUUUUUUGGUUGUGUGUGGGUUUUGUUUUGUUUUUUUGUUUUUUUAAGAGAAAAAGGAAAAAAAAAUUCAGGCAACCUAUUCUCUGUGCUUUUAUUAGAGGAUCGCUUUUGUCUUUUACUGAGGCACACAUAGUAAAUGGUUUUCUGUUCUUGUUCAUUGCGUAAUAUUUUUUAAAGCAGACCUUGAGUGUUUAUAAAGGUUUUGUUUUUUUAAAAAGAAAACAACAACAACAACAAUUUGCUUGUUGGGCAAUGUGACACUGCUGGUCAUAUGGGUUCUACACUGCCGGUUGUAGCCCGUUCUCAGAAAGUCCUUACAAGACUUAACGUUAUCCUUCAAGUGCCUUGGCAGACUUGCUUCUGAGGUACAAAGCACAUAGCAAAGAACAUUGCUGGAAACGAAAAUACCUAUUACUACCCAGGAUAUUUACUAACACUUGUUAUAGAUAGAUAGAUAUGUGUGGAACUUAAAAAAAAAAAAAAAAAAGCAAGCCAUAACUUCUAUCGGUGAUCUCCAGCUUUUAAAUCAAAGCAAUGCCUUUAGAGAUGAAUGUGGGGUGACCGGGGUGCGGGGUGUCCUGUGGGGAGAGAGAGAGAAGCUGUCUGUCUGACACCUUGCUUUUUCCGUAGCAGCCCCAACCUGUUAGUCUUGCAUCUACGGAGGACCAAGGAUUAGCAGGGGGUUGACCACUGUCUUCUAGCUUAUAUCUCUUCUGAAAACAUUAAUUUAGAUCAGCCACUGUUCUGUGAUUAUUAUUUUUUCCUGGUGGUUUGUGAGCAGCUUGAGUUAUUCUGUUACGUUUUCCUACAAACCCCCCCCCCCCCACAACAGCAGUCUUGUAGGAGCAUCAAGUGAAAACGAAAGGGGAGGUUGGCAACAAGGAGCCUUUUUCCCUAAAAAUUUGCCAUUCUUGCCUCAUUUUAAUGGUAAGUUAAGGAAGUCCUCUUGACCAGGGAAAGGGAACUCCUCAGCCGUCUCCUGAGAGAAACUGCCUCAGAGCUUAAUCCUCAUGCCCGUUCCAUUCUGAGCUGCCAGUCGCUGUUGUACAGCUGUACCUAAGUGCAGCCGUUUAUACGGAACAGAGUGCAGCUGGGAAUUUUCCUGGUUUAAUUUUUAAUCAUUUGCUAGAUUCCGCUUCAUUUUGUUACCCACCCUGUUUCUUCCCCCCCUCCCCUUCAACUGAGGAAAAGAGUCAGUACCAUAUAAUCGGACAGCUUUCGAAACAACUACCGCUGUGGCUUGUAAACGAUCAUUUUGGGACCUUCAUGAGAAAACUCAGGACUCUUCAUGCAGAGAAAAUCAAGAUAACGCACCGUCUCUGGUUCACACAGCAGUACUCUGUCAGGUUUUAUUCGGUGUUCCGUGUGCAAACAGACCUUUCCUGGGCGUUUGAAACCUGCAGUUUCCCUCAGUGCUUAGUUGUUACCUCCGAAAUAUGACAUUUUUUUUUGUUGAAGCAUCUGUUUAGCAUGUCUGAAAGCGACGGAUGGGUCCGUGUGUUCUGGAAAAAAGGCCUUCCUCUGUAGAGGAAUCUGAUAGGAGAGUUGCCUCAUGGAAUAGCAACUUGAUGCCUACAUUUUACAAAUGUACGUUGUCUAUGCACCAAAAUCUGGAUGUUUGAAAUAGAGGCAUGGCCUUUUUGCCGUUUUAUGGACAUUACAGCUCUCUGUAUUUGUGUGGCGUCAGUGAGAUUGCUUUCAGACACAUUUUUUCAAGUCUUACUGUUCUAACCGUUAUCCAGAAUGCUCUGUAGCUUUUGAACUGAUCUCGAGUUGUUUGCAACUCAGUCAUAAGAGUUUGGGAAUACAGGAAAUGUUGCAUUUGCAUUGUAGAGGUCUACUUUUCAUAUUCUGGGCCUUGAUAAUUAGGGAGCUGGGGCAUGGAGAAUCGUCAUUCUAUAUGAAGCCUGCAAAACUGGAAUCAUCAGCAAUAGUAAUGUUAUUUAAUGGGCACAAUGCCGUGUUUUUUUAAAAAAAUACGUCAGUUUCGUCCAUAGAAGCCAGGCUCACGAUCCUGAAAUUGGAAAUUCAAAUGCAUGACUGAGAAUCAAUCUUUUUUUUUUUUUUAAGUUGGAAUUUACACAGAGCUGUU